CCACGAGUUAUUUCUGAAGUGUUAGGUGGAAUUAUCCUUGGACCAUCUAUAUUGGGCCAUAUUCCAGGAUACAUAGAUGCUGUCUUUCCGCGCAAUUCCAUUACUUAUCUUAACCUUCUGGCUAAUUUUGGCCUGGUUUUAUACUUGUUCCUAGUUGGUUUAGAAUUGAAUCCAACAAUGAUAAAAAAUAGUAUAAAAUCUGUUGCUUUUAUCUCUGCAUCUGGUAUUAUAUUACCUUUUAUUACGGGUAUAGGCGUCGCAUAUGGUCUGUAUGAUGCAAUGGGCAAUCAGCAUGUUGAGGGCAAUAAUGUGCCAUUUACUAGUUUUGUACUGUUCAUCUGCGUUGCCAUGGCUAUUACGGCCUUCCCGGUUCUCGCGCGUAUAUUAUCGGAGCUAAAACUUACGGGAACUCCCGUGGGUAAUCGCGCGCUAACUUCUGCUGUUGGUGACGAUAUUACCGCUUGGAUUCUACUGGCAAUAGUUAUUGCGAUAAUUAAUGCCGCAAACUAUCUCACGGCUCUUUAUUCUUUUUUGCUCUGCGUUGAUCGAGCUUCCCCAUCAACAUUAAUGAUUGCUAUUACUUUAUCAGUCGUUUUAAUGUCGGCAUUUAUUACAAAUAUCAUUGGAAUUCAUUACAUUUUUGGAGGUUUCAUCAUUGGGGUAAUACUUCCUCAUGAAGGAGGUUUCGCGGUGGGAAUUACUGAAAAAAUUGAAGAUCUGAUUACUGUCCUAUUCAUACCCAUAUAUUUUACACUAUCUGGGUUGAAAACUAAUAUUGGUGACUUGGGUGCUACAGGAUGGGGUUGGGCGAUCUUAAUCAUCAUUGUUGCUAUGAUUGGUAAAAUACUUGGCUGUACUGCUGCCGCUAAAUUAACAGGUUCUAAUUAUAGAGAAGCUUUAACAAUUGGAGUUUUUAUGAGUUGUAAAGGUCUUGUAGAAUUAAUUAUUCUCAAUGUUGGUUAUGACGCAAAAAUUAUAAAUGUCAGGGUUUUCUCGAUCAUGGUCAUCAUGGCCCUGGUAACGACAUUUCUCACAACUCCACUUGCCACUUAUUUGUAUCCUGUUAAGUACCAAAGGAGACUGGAACAUGAACAGAUUAAAAAGGAUCCUGAAUCAGCAAAGGAUUUAUCACAUUCAAAAAAUCUCAAAUUGUUGGCUGUAUUGGAUAAAGUUGAAAAUCUUCCGGCCAUGAUAACUUUUGUUCAACUUUUACAACAUAACAAUGCUCCUACCAAAUCCAAUAAUGAUACUGAUUCAGACACCACUAAAAGCAAUAACCCUAUGAAUGUUCAUGUAUUACGUUUUGUUGAGCUUACGCAGCGUCAAAUUAGUCCUGUAAAGGUUGAUGCUAAAUUAUCUGUUGCUUCUCCAAAGGAUUUUUGUCAAGAAAUUAUUGAAAAAAUACAAGAUGCAGACAUUGAUUUAGUAAUAAUUCCAUGGAGUGGUGCCGGUGAAAUAGUAGAUGCGCCAAUUGAAAAUAAGGAUCAUGCACCACGUGAGAAAAAAAGCACAAGUCCACAAGUUGCAGGUUUUAUUCAAGAUGUUUUUAAUAAUGCAACAGUUUAUGCAAGCGUUGGC